AUUUGGAUGAUGAUGCUUCAAAUUUGCAUGAUUUAUUGCGGGAGUCAUCAACCAGUCGUGGACCUGCCAGAAGAGGCAGGCCACGUAAGGAUCCAAGGACUGCUCCCAGAACCACAAUGAAAAUAAUAGGUAAAAUCACUGAAGCCAUUAACAAUCAUCAAGGACAACCUAUUUUGUAUGCUUCCACCACUAAAGGUACCAUGAAAUUAGUGGUAGAUGGUCAUCAUUUCCGCUAUUCAUUCCGUAAGGGUAAAUAUACUAUAUUCCAGUGUUGCUACAAAGAAAACAAAGAGGAAUGCAUGGUGCGCGUAGUUACCGAUCAAAAGUUGGUCUAUCCCUUGGAUGGUGAGCAUAUACAUUUCGUACAGGCCACUGAUAAAAGUGUGACAUCGGUAAAAUUCACACCCGGCGAGGAACCAGAGCCGGAAUUUGUUACUAUAACAGAUGUGCAGCAUAUUGAAGCACCUGUUCAGCCUGAACAAGAGCAUGUUGCUUUAAACAUUGGCGAUUUAAUACCACAACCCAUACAAACAAAUGUUAAGUUGGAGAAUACAACCUCACAAGAAACAUUGGAAUUUAAUGCAGAAUUAAGUGGUGAAAAGUCACCAGAGGUUACUAAGUCAAAGGAAGUUACUCCGACCGAUGAUCCCAAUGAGUUUCGCGAAAAAAUUAAAAAACGUUUACAAAAAGCCUUGUUAGGCAAAAAGAAAUAAAAAAGAAAUAGUUGUGUGGGCACCUGGAGAAAUUUUAGAUACAUAUGUUAAAAAUCAAUUAACCAUAUUGUAUUUCUUUAUUUGAUCAACAUUUUAUCAUGCAGUGGAUUUACGCUGUAUCUUUUGGUAUUUCUGAUUCAUUGAAUAAUUUUAAUAUAGUAUUUGAUUCACAGCUAAUUAAUGAAGAUUUCUUUGGUGCAUUAAAUUCAAUAUUUUAUGAUUGACAAAUAUAUUUUUAAUUAAGGCCGAACCCGAACUUUGAACAAUAUACAAUUU